AUGGAAGUGCCAGAGGGCUCUGGGAACUCACAGGUCUCCUUGGUUGCUCCAGGAUUUGUCCGGCUGGUCGGAGGGGACAGCCCCUGCUCAGGAAGUGUGGAGGUCUACGACAGGGACCAGUGGAAAGCUGUCUGUGACUCCCACUUUGGUGCCAAAGCUGCCGAGGUGGUCUGCAGGGAGCUGCAGUGCGGCACAGCCCUGUCCGUGCAUGGGGCAGCUCACGUGGGAGAAGGGGCUGGUUCCCUCUGGGACAGAGAGCUGCAGUGUGUGGGGAAUGAAUCCACCAUCCUCUUCUGCCCCUGGGGGGCCCCCAGGGAUCAGCCCUGCACGCACGGCAAUGGCACUCAUGUCACCUGCACACAGUACACAGGGUUCAGGCUGGUGAACGGCAGCACAGCGUGUGCGGGCAGGGUGGAGGUCGAGGUACUGGGGACGUGGGGGACCCUCUGUGCCUCCCGCUGGGACCUCUCGGACGCCCACGUUCUCUGUCGGCACCUCGGCUGUGGCUUUGCUGAGUCCAUUCCUGGAGGAGGGCAUUUUGGGAGAGCAACCGGCCCCGUCUGGAGAGACUCGUUCCACUGUGACGGGACUGAAGCCCACCUGGGGCAGUGCCCGGUGACUGCCCUGGGGGCCUCGCCGUGCUCCCACGAGAACGCUGCUGCUGUCAUUUGCUCAGGGCUGGCUCGCCCCAUGUCCCUGCGGCUGGUGGGCGGAGGGAGCCGGUGCGACGGGCGCGUGGAGGUCUUCCAGCACGGGAUGUGGGGCAGAGUCCUGGAUGAGCAGUGGGACAUGCAGGAGGCCAGCGUGGUGUGCCGGCAGCUGCAGUGUGGAGAGGCAGAGGCAGCCUACACCCCUGUGAGAGCCGAGCGAGGGCUGGGCCCCGUGGGGCUGCGCGGGGUGCGGUGCACAGGGCAUGAGAACAACCUGAGCCUCUGCAACACCUCCCUGCCUGAGAGCGCAAUGGCAACAGGGAUCGCAGAGGACGUGGGGACCGUGUGCCAGAGGAGCCGGCGGGUCCGGCUGGCGGACGGGGCCGGGCGCUGUGCCGGGAGAGUGGAGAUCUACUACCAGGGGCGCUGGGGCACCGUCUGCGACGAUGCCUGGGACCUGGCCGACGCCGCUGUUGUUUGCCGCCAGCUGGGCUGCGGAGGGGCCGUGGAGGCAGCUGGUUCUGCUCGGUUUGGGGAGGGCUCCGGGCAGAUCUGGCUGGACGGCGUCAACUGCUCCGGGGCCGAAGCUGCUCUCUGGGACUGCCCUGCCAAGGCCUGGGGGCAGCACGACUGCGGGCACAAAGAGGACGCAGGAGUCAUCUGCUCAGAGUUCAUGGCCCUGAGGCUGGAGAACAGUGACGGCUGCUCUGGGCGCCUGCAGGUUUUCUACAAUGGGACGUGGGGCAGCGUUUGCUCCAACUCGAUGACUACCAAGACGGUAUCACUGGUGUGCAAAGAGCUGGGCUGUGGGAAUGAAGGGAACCAGGAAACAACCUCAAUCUAUGCCAAGCUGCCUGGCACCGCGUGGCUGGAUCAUGUGGAGUGUGGGAAGAGCAACAGCUCCUUCUGGCAGUGUCCCUCUGAUCCCUGGCAUCCGCAGUCGUGUGAUGACCUCCGAGACGAGGCCCACAUCACCUGCAAUGGUAAAUCUGAGCCUGCAUGCCCCAACUCCACGAGGUGCACAGACAGGGAGAAGAUCCGCGCUGUGGGAGGCAAGGACGGCUGCUCGGGCAGAGUGGAGGUCUGGCACCGUGGCGCCUGGGGGACGCUGUGUGACAAUGCCUGGGACAUGCAGGACGCUGAGGUGGCAUGCAGGCAGCUGGGCUGUGGCCCCGCGGUCUAUGCCCUGGGCCAGGCUGCCUUUGGAGAGGGGACGGGCCCCAUCUGGCUGAUGGAGUGCAGGGGGACGGAGCUGUCUCUGCAGGACUGCUGGGCCCAGCCAGGGGACAGCGGUGCCUGCCAGCAUAAGAAAGAUGCGGCUGUGCAUUGCUCAGAUCCCCCUCGGGGCCCCCUGACCACCACCAGCGGGAGACUCUCGGUGCCUGUCAUCAUCUGCAUCAUCCUGGGGGCCCUCCUCUGCCUGCUCCUGGCCCUCCUGGCUGGGCAGGUGCGAAGCGCCAGGGCUCGGCACAGAGAUGACCCUGUCCUGCCUGGAGGUGACCCAGCGGAUGGCUACGACGAUGCCGGGGAGGUUUCUGACCCUGGGGAGGAUCCUGUCCCUGGGCAGGGGGACUGGGAUGUGUCUGGGAUUCCAGAGGAGGGAGAUGGGCCCAGGGAUGCAGCCACAGAUGAUACCCCUUCCCUCCAGCAUGUCAACCUCACCACACUGCUUGCUGUCAUCAGCAAAUUUGCUGAGGGUGCACUUGACCACUGCCACAUGUCACCAACAAAGAUGUGA